AUGGCUGUGCUGCUGGAACAGAGCUGGGUCAAGGUGCAGGAGAAGACAUUCGGCAAAUGGUAUCAGAGAAGCACCAUGCCUGCGACCGACAUGGACAUUGAGCUGACGAGGGUUGCAACACAGNNGCUCAACAGCAAACUGCAGGUCCGCAAUGUGCAAAUCAAGGACCUGGUCACUGACCUCUCGGAUGGCGUAAGUCUUGUGCUCGGCAGACCCGUAGGCCUCAUGCUGACAAUACUGUACAGNGUCAUGCUCAUCCACCUCCUCGAGAUCCUCUCCCAAGAAUCACUAGGCCGAUAUGCUUCCCGUCCCAAACUGCGAGUGCAGCGAUUCGAGAACGUCAACAGGGCCCUGGACUUUAUCAAAGGCCGGCGCAUUCAAUUGACGAAUAUCGGCGCAGAAGACAUUGUCGACGGCAAUCGGAAAAUCAUCCUCGGUCUCAUCUGGACCCUCAUUCUCCGCUUCACCAUCAGCGACAUCAACGAGGAGGGCUUGAGUGCAAAAGAAGGCUUGCUACUGUGGUGUCAGAGAAAGACUGCCUGUUACGACGAGGUCGAGGUCCGAGACUUUUCCUGCGCACUACUCGACAUCCAUCGUCCCGACCUUAUCGACUACGACAAGCUCGACAAGAACGACCACCGCGGAAACAUGCAAUUGGCUUUCGACAUUGCUUCCAAGGAGAUCGGCAUCCCCGACCUGCUCGACGUCGACGAUGUUUGUGACGUUGCAAAGCCCGACGAGCGUUCGCUCAUGACCUACAUUGCCUACUGGUUCCACGCCUUCUCCGCCAUGGAGCGUGUCGAGAAUGCAGGAAGACGUGUUGAGAAGUUCGUCUCCAACAUGCAAGGAGCCUGGGAAAUGCAAAACAGCUUUGAGCGCCGUAUGAGAGAGCUCCUCCGCCAAAUCACCGACCAGCAAAAACAAUGGAAGGAGGCCACCUUCGAGGGCUCCUAUACCGAUGCCAAGAUGCAGAGUUCCGAGUUCAUGGGAUACAAGCGCAAUCAAAAGAGAAAGUGGGUAGCAGAGAAGAGUGACCUGGUUGGCCUACUCGGAAACAUCAAGACGAAACUCAGUACAUACCGCUUGAGGCCCUACGAACCGCCACCGGAGCUCAGCCUUGCUGCACUCGACGCAGCCUGGGCCGGAUUGAUGCAGGCCGAGAAGGAGAGAAGCAGAGUCAUCAACGAAACGAUCCGCGACAUCAAAAACACUCUGCGGAGGACAUUUGCUGACAAGGCCAAUGACUUUGCUCUCGCUCUGCACACAUUGAGUGUGAGCAUCUCUGGACUCGAGGGCGAAGUUGAAGACCAAAGAGAGCACAUCACCAAAAUCUCAGAAUCAGUACCACCCCUCGACGAAUAUCUUACCAUCAUUGGGCGCCUGGACGAGCAAUGCGAAGAAGCCAACAUUGAGGAGAACGACUUUACAACAUAUACAUAUGACGAGCUCGUCUACGAAUUGGGCUUGGUCAAAUCGAGUGUGCAAAAGAAACUGGCCUUNUUGGAAAACCAGAUGGUGGCACGCAGCAUGACCAACCUCACGCCCAUACAGUUGGAAGAGUUUGAAUCUGUCUUUAGACACUUCGACCGUGGUGGCAGCAACUCUUUGCAGGAGCUUGAGUUCUCGGCCGCACUUGCAAGUUUGGGGCUCGUGUAUGACGAAGAUGAGAUGCAUGAACGCUUCUUGGAGGUCAGCAAUGGUCCCGGUGGCACUGUCAGCUUUGAGCAGUUCAUCCGAUUCAUGGUCGAAGUCACCGAGGAUCAAUAUACGGCAGAGCAAGUGUUUGAGAGUUUCCGUGAGGUUGCAGAUGGCAAGGUAAGCAGCACUUUACACCAACAACAUACGACCAAGCAAGCAAAAACUAACCAUAAUAUAUCAAACAGNCCAUAUGUUACCGAACUCGAUCUCAGACACUCACUCAUCCCCGACGAACUCAUCGAGGACCUGGUCAAGACAAUGCCACAACACAGUGGACCAGACUUGCAAGAAGAUCGCGACUUGGAGAAGUACGAUUACAUUACCUUUAUGCAAAAGUACAUGGGCGGCGCCAAACCUGAUGCCAACGGGGAGUAG